AUGUGUUGUAACUACUACGGAAGCUCCUGUGGCUAUGGCUCUGGCUAUGGCUAUGGCUCAGGCUAUGGCUGUGGAUAUGGCCCUGGCUAUGGAAGUGGCUGUGGAUAUGGCUCCUACUAUAGGCCUGGAUGCUGUGGCUGCCGACCAUCUUGCUACAGAAGAUGCUAUUCUUGUUGCUAG